AUGAAUAACCAAGCAAUUGAUAUGUUAAAGGAAAUUCAUGAAGCAACUAAAUUGAUUCAUAAAGAUAAUCAACAAAUACAUUACUAUGGCGCUAAUAAUGAGCAUGAUGACGAAGAAGAAGAACGAGAAGAAGAAAUUGAUAAUUCUUCUACAAUAGGUACUGAGAGUGACGACGAUAUGCCACAGUUAAUUGAAAAUCAGGUUCAUUUCAACAAACGUCAAACAACAGAAGAAAAUUUAAUUGAUGAUUCAACAAGUCAGUUGCCAAUAUCACUACUAUCAACAGGAACAGAUCCAUCCACUUCAACACCGAUAACGACACAUCAUAAAAGGCCCAAGCGCUUCAACUUAUCUAAUGAUCAUUGGAAGCAAGUGUCAACACUCAUACCAAACUAUAAGAAAUUAUCUCCGGAUCAAUUCAAAGAUUUGUUAGUUAAAAUGAUUUCUCCUGGUGAUCGUCAUAAGAUAGAGCAAUGGUUAACACAUUUAACAAUGUUACAAUAUCUACAACAACGUGCUGAAUUAAUCUGUACAUUUUUUCAAUUGAAAAUUGAAGAACAUUAUUGGAAUAAUGUCGCCAAUUUGGCAACCAUGCCCAUAGUGAUUUGGUUAUCACAAAUUUCUAAAGAAAUUACACACAAAAAUUCGGUCAAGUGGGAUCAUACUAAAACAAAAAGGAACAUUAAACAUCGACAACAAAUCAUUACAAAUAAAUUACGACAAGCGGAAUGUAACAUAUAUAUACAUUUACAAUAACCAGUGUGGCCAGAUCGAAAAGUCAAAAAUCGGAUUUUUUUUUCAAAAUCAGAAAACGAUCAAAAGUUUUUUUGGCAAAAUCAGAAAUUAAUCAGAAAAGCCAAUUUUUGGGAAAACUAAUGGUUAUUAUGGUAUCAUGAUGGUAAAAGAUAGUCUAUUGAGUUGCUGUUCAUUAAUUCAUACUUUUUUUUCAAGGUAUUCCACUAUAAAAACAAUACAAUGAGUAUAAUGUUUAGCUAAUAAGGAAGAAGCUAAUGAAAACACUUAGUGUCAGAUUCUUUCACUAAACUCGAACUUUGUUCAAAAAAAGUACAAAAAACAAAUUACUUAUAUACAAAAUAUUAUAACUGAUAAGAUUCUAUGAAAGCUGUCAUAUGAUACAGAAAAGUUCAGAAUUCGAGAGAAAAGCAGAGAAAAUUAUGAAGAUCAGAAAAAAUCAGACAUCAGAAGGAAAUCAGAAAAGCGUCCAAAUUUCAGACACUGUCCUGACUUUUCAGACAAUCUGGCCACCCUGACAACAACCAUAUCCAUUCCUUUCACAAAUGAAAAAUAAUACUUCCGUGGAUCAUCUAAUGAAUAUCAUAUUUGAUGCUCUUCUUCUUGUUAUCAAGAACAAUCUAUAUUAUUUACGUCUCAAUUUUCAACAGAAGAAAAUCCUAUUAAACUUUGAUAUUAAGGAUGCAUAUCUUGUCAAAUCAUUCUAUGAUUUAAAUCCAACACAAGAACAGGUUUAUAUUAAUUUCCUUUACAUAUAUUGUAAUCAAUCUUAUAUUUCCUUUUUCUACAUGUUCUAGAUUACAACUGCUCAAAAGAUUUGGCGCACAAAAGUAAAAUCAUGUAAACGAGCUAUUCGUCAAGAAAAGAAGCAUCAUUCAUCCAUCAUGCACUCAAUAAUAAUGAACACAAUGGAACAACAGCAACAACAGGAAUUACUAUCGAUACAAUCCUUCAAUGCAUCGAUGCGUACUAUUAUCCAAGCAC